CAAAGUAACAAAAGAUCCAAUAUCAGCACUACCACCAACAGAGAAAUCACCAGCACCAACAGUUAAAGCAGGAAAAGAAAUCCCACCGGCAACAACAGGCUCCCAGACCUCAACAGAACAAAAGCAAGAAGGAUCACCGUCAAAAACCGAAACGCAGCCAAAAGAAAUGAAGCAGUCUUCAACAGAUGGUGGGGGGAAACAAAAAGGAAAAGACUCCGUCUCAUCAGAUUCGAUGAAGGAUGCAGUUACCGACAACCCAGGAAAACCAACAGCAACAACCAUCCCUACAAGUAGAAGUGGAGAUGCCCAGGAAAAGGAGGGCAAGGAUGAUGGCACCGAUGAACGGCCUACCUCCAAAAAACACAACAGCAGCCCCGAAACUGGUAAUACCAACGAUGCUCUUACAGCCAGCGAAAAUACACCACAAACAGCAGAAACAACAGCCACCACCGUCGCCAAAAAAAAUGAUACGACUAUUGGAGACAGUGACGGCAGCACCGCGGUCUCCGACACCGCCUCCCCUCUUUUGCUUCUUUUUCUUGUUGUUGUUGCGUGUGCGGCUGCUGCUGCGGUGGUGGCCGCGUGA